AUGGAGAGAAAAAUGGUUGUCUCUUGUGCAAUUGUGGCAGUGCUCGGAAUAAUAUCUGCAGCUACCGGUUUCGCAGGAGAGGCCACCAGGAUUAAGGAUUCUGAUGUAUACCUGGAAGAUGGUUUGUGUGUUUAUCCAAGUAGUCCAGCUCUGGCCCUUGGGUUUAUAGCAGGCGUGUUUGCAAUCAUCACACGAAUUUAUAUAAGCCUUACAUUUGGUGGAAGCAACUGUUGCCAUCGAGAUGACCCUAAUUCAGCCUUGGUUUCAAAAUCUCUUUAUGCAUUAUCAUGGAUAGCUUCGGUUGCAGCCGUGGUGCUACUGCUAGCAGCUGCGACUCUAAAUGAUAAAGAAGAAGGUGGGGAGGUUGAUUCAUAUGGUUAUUCCACAUCAUGUUAUGUGGUGAAGCCUGGAAUAUUUGCAGCUGGAGCUGUUUUAGCUCUUUUUAGCGCGGUUUUUGGGAUUGCUGGUUAUGUGCUUGCAUUUACAAAAACCACCACAAAUAAUCCUCAUAACAUUGAUUUAUCAAUGGCUGACACUACUACUAUUACUAAUGAAGAUGAUCUAGAAAAAAGUCCACUGUCUUGCACUCCUCCAUCAGCAACACUCUCCACCAAUAGCAAAUAAAGGAUCCAGAUAUAUAAUUAAUGUCACAAAUGUAUAACUAACUAUUUUAUCAACGAUUUAGAACCUUUUUUACUAUUUAUGUGCUGCUGAUAUAUAGGCUUUUGGGUAAUUAUACACCAUGUGUUUGA